AUGAACAGCAAGUCGGCGCAUAGCCUGGCGCGGUCCAGCUUGCAGCUCUCUCGCCAGUUCACCACAGGCCGCACCGCCGCUGGUCUCUCCGAACGUUUGCGAAGCCAGUCGGGUGGAUCGUCUUCCGCGUCAAAAGCGGCAGCAGCAUCGUCGUCGGCCGCAUCGUCAACCGCUCAGUCUGGUAGCAACAGCCCAUCAAAGGGCUCGCCAUCGAGGCAAUCGCAUAAUCAACGCAAGGCUGCAUUCCGCGCUCGCUUCCACGCAGCCAAGGCCUCUUCUGCCAAAGCAUCCUCAUCGUCCCCAUCCAACUCUGCCCCUGCCGCUGACAAGGGUAAGACAAAGGAAGCUUCCGACUCUCGUAUCCCGGCAUUCCCGGCAUCCGAACACUCCGCAUCCCUCUUGAAAGAGCUUCAUGCGCUGGACGAGCUGCUCGACUCGCUCCAGAGCCAGGCAUUCUCCAUCUCGCAACGCCUCAAAAACCUCGAGCUGCGACGCAAAGGCGGCCCUUCGAAUCAGCUCGCAGACACCUGGGGACCAGAUCGACUCUUCCCACAAUCUAGCAUAGAUUCUGCCACAUCAAGCCAGGAGACUUGGUCUGCGGUGCCUAGCGAUGCGCCACCUCCCAGCAGGCACUCGGAUAAGCGCUCCGCAGACGAGCCAAAGACGCGGCUGGUCCACGGAAACGACCUGCUUGCCGAGUCGAAGCUACGAUGGCGGGAUGGCAAGGGCAAAGUUGUGCCCAGCGUCGAGUGCUCGGGACCCUACGCCGACGAGCAGAAGAAGUGGAACGAGUCCAUCACGGGCUGCGUCACCGCCAAAGGUGUCCCCAUCGACAAAGUCCCCCCUCUCCGCGAGAUGGAAGUGGCCACGCUAGCCCACGGUCUCGACCGAGUCCUCUUCAACCCAGGGAUCUACUGGCUCCGAGACCCUCGCUCAGGCAUCUACAACUUCGAUCCCCGCAUCAAAGACAUCCUCGACGUCGACCUCUUCGACUACGCCGCCCUGCCACCCUACGUCACCUCCUCGAAAGACCCCGAGCUCGCAACCCUGACCCAGAAGCAUCAAAAGAAGUACUGCGGUUCCACGUCUUCCAUGACCUCCCUCCUGAGCCAGUGCUACUUCCUCAUCUCGGGCUGGCGCGAUCCGGACGUCUCUGGCUUCUCCACGCCCUUCACUGGUCUUCCCUCUGGCUACAGCGUCGGUGCCAAGCUUCCCGCCUCCAUCCUGCUCAAUUACAGGGAUGGCCACUACGCCAUCGACGCGGACAAGACCGCUGCUGGCGAAGCGGAGAACUCCAACUACGUGCUCACCUCGCUUGGCAAGUCCAUGGAGAAGAUGCUCACCGCCACCCCCGAAGAGUACGCCCGGUACAAGCGGGUCAACUCGCACACGCUUAGCCACGAAGAGCGGACGAAACCGGAAGCGUACCACUACGCGUGUACGGACAAGAUGAUGAUGCGAUCCCAGUUGGAUUGUCACGACCCGCGUCUACCGCGCAAGACAUUCGACCUCAAGACGCGCGCCAGCAUCGGCAUUCGCAAUGACCGCGCGAACUACGUCGAGGGGUCCGGCUAUCAGAUCCGCCGUGCGCGGGGUGUACUGGAGAGCUUUGAGAGGGAGUACUUUGAUAUGGUCCGCGCCGCUUUCCUGAAGUACAACUUCCAAGCCCGAAUCGGGCAUAUGGACGGGAUCUUUGUGGCGUACCAUACGACGGCGAGCAUCUUCGGGUUUCAGUACAUCAGUGUGGAGGAGAUGAACGAGCGGUUGUUUGGGACGCAGGAGAUGGCGGAUCAGGCGUUCCGGUUGAGUCUUGGGUUGAUGGAGCGGGUGUUGGAUGCAACCACGUCGAUCUUCCCGGAUGAAACACUCAAGAUUACGGUGGAGACGAGGGAGAAGGGGGAUGCGGGGAUGACGAUCUUUGUUGAACCCGCCAGCGCUCCCACUUCGAACGAGGGCGAGCCCAAAAAGCGAUCGAUCGCCCAACUGGACAUCACCGUAGACCGAUACUUGGAUGGAGCGCUCAAUCUCGGACCUGUCGACUUCACCCUCCUACCCGGUCGCCACAUCGAUCCGCUCUCGGACGAUGAGAUCGAGCGUCGACUUCGUGCCUCCCUGCCCGCCGUUCGGUGGGAGAUCGACUACUCCAUCUCUCCGCGUCCUGAUCUCACGGAAGCCAAAAUCCAUUCCAACCUCAGCGCGGUGAGGGCGAGACAGGCGUCGCUCAACUCGCUCAUCCUACCCAAUGUCGAGGCGCUCAACGAGCGCGAGCAGUAUCGCACCACGCAACUGGCGCAGAACCCGCAGGCGUUGGAGCGAUUCCUCGAGGAGAGACGAAGUGGUGUCGCAGCAGGUAUGCCGUUGGCCCCCGGCCAAAUGUCGGCGGAAAAAGCGGCGGGCGAGGGCAAGAAGGUCAAGGAGACGGAGGUGGCGCAAGAUGAUGUGCUCGAAGCAGGAGGAGUGGCGGAUGGAAAGAGUUCCAGGCGGAAGCAGGCCGAGAGUCGCUUCAUCAGGAUGCGCAAUAUUCGCACGCUCAGGUUGAGGGAGUUGGCCAAGUUGGGUGCGAAGGAUGCCAAGGGCGAGACGGGCGAGCGGAUCAUGUAUCAGCCUAGGUGA